AUGAGCUCCACACCUGCGACGGGCGUCCCCAGCAUGGCCAGGAACGGCCCGCCAACGCUCGAGAAGAAGCCGGUCAAGUUCAGCAACUUGUUGCUUGGUGCUGGUCUCAACAUGUUUGAAGUAACAACUCUGGGACAGCCUUUGGAGGUCGUCAAGACUACCAUGGCUGCCAACAGGUCUGAAGGCUUCUCGGGAGCUAUUGGCCGCAUCUGGGCGCGUGGAGGUGUUCUCGGAUUCUACCAGGGUCUCAUUCCAUGGGCCUGGAUCGAAGCCUCCACCAAGGGAGCCGUCCUCCUCUUUGUCGCUUCGGAAGCCGAAUACUACGCCAAGUCGUUCGGCGCUCCCGACUUCCUUGCUGGUAUCUCUGGUGGUAUGACGGGUGGUCUCGCGCAAGCCUAUGCCACCAUGGGUUUCUGCACUUGCAUGAAGACGGUUGAGAUCACAAAGCACAAGGUUGCAGCCACCGGCGCGAAGCCCCCAGGUACGCUUGAGACCUUCAUGCAGAUUUGGCGCACGGAGGGUCUCCGCGGUAUCAACCGUGGUGUCAACGCUGUCGCGGUGCGCCAGGUCACCAACUGGGGAUCUCGCUUUGGUCUGUCCCGUGUUGCGGAAACCGGUAUUCGCAAGGUCAUGGACAAAGAGCAUGGCGAGAAGCUCUCAGUGGUUGAAAAAAUCACUGCUUCAGCUCUCGGUGGUGGCUUGAGCGCGUGGAACCAACCUAUCGAGGUUAUUCGCGUUGAGCUCCAGUCCAAGACUGUUGACCCUAACCGCCCUAAGAACCUGAACGUUGCAUCAGCGUUCAAGUACAUCUACUCGAACAACGGUAUCAAGGGUCUUUACCGUGGUGUUACUCCCCGCAUUGGUCUUGGCGUUUGGCAGACGGUCUGCAUGGUUGCUCUAGGUGAUGUUGCCAAGGAGGCUGUUGAGAAGCUCACCGGCGACAAAGUCACUGCGAAGCAUUAG